CUUUUCCUCUUGGACCAGCGCCCGAAACAACUUGUGAUUAUCUGCAUGUUUUGACGGCCCUCAACUGUGGAAGUGAGACACACAGGGGUCCGGUCCAGUGUCUCCAUCCCCUCUCGUCAGCUCUCCAAGCUAACGUCCCCAUUUGCGUGCCACCACUGCCGCACAAUGCAUACUACGCAACUGGACAUGCACCCAGUAUCCAAUUUCCUCCCGCGACAGAUUCGCAUGGGAAGGGCUGCUGGGGGCCAACUAGACUGCUCCCGCCACCAGCGGCGGACCCGGCGAGGAGGACGGCUCUGGCAGGGGGCAUGCGGUGACCAACCACACAAGCGCAACGCUGCGACGAAUACUGGAGCGGCACACGAGGCAGCUCAUGUGCCUGCGCGCGUCUUGGCGAGGAAAUGAAAAACGCCCCUCUGCUCCUCCAGCUCCUCUGGCCCAUUUCGCAGACCAGACCGUCCACGGUUGAACCCUCAAGCACGGUCCUGGAGGAGGGGAAGGAGGAGGAGGAGGAGGAGGACGAGGAGGAGGAGGAGGAGGGAGGAGGAGUCCACGAAGGCAUCUGGCUGAGGAGAGCGCCCCUUGGGUGUGGGGGGUACCGUUGUCCGGCCUGCCUCACGCGUGGCCCCCGCCGCGGGCCCGCGCGCCAUCGGCUGCCGCGGGCGCCAGCGCCCGCCGCCGCCGCCCGACGCGGCGCUCGCGCAGCCGCGAGCCAGGCUGGCAUCGGCGACAGCGCCGCGCCCGCCACACAGCCAGGCCCUUGCUCAGCGCUAUUCAGGCUCAAGAUCUGCUCUCGAGCCACCACAGUGCACAGCAGCCACGACAGUCAACAGCACCUCGUGCCCCAGAGCGCGAGCCCAGCAGACCCCGCCAGCCCUGGGUGCCAGUACAGCCCAAGGCGAGGCCGAGCGAUCGCGAUCGCGAUCGCGACCGCAGGGACAGAGACCACGAUCGGGAGCCCAGACAGGGCAGGGAGGCUCACGAGUUGCACAAGGCCCUGGGAAAGUACCUCGACCGAAUAGUACCAGCCACCCAGGCCUACGCGGAGUCCCACCCAAUAGUGGCCAGAAUGGAAGAGGCCAGAGGACCAUCGUCACUACCGCGCCUACCGCGACCGUCUCCUGGGGCAUUGGGUGCUUGGAAGAGGGGGAUGGAAAGUGAGCGCCCCUCGGGCGCAGAGACCCGGUCGUCAGCUAUA